GCUUGGUUCAACUGAUUAGAAGCCGGCACUGCAGAUAACAGACCCUUCUCGCUGAGUCUUAGGCUAAAUAUUUGAUUAGAAUUCUAACCAUGCCUGGCUUGGCCACCUGGAUUGCCGUACUAUUUUCGCCAUGCUUACGUAAGUAGUAGCCAACAUGCUGUCCAUUUCACUAGUUUAGUGAGCUCUUGAUAAGACUCUCGAACUACUUUUUAUUUAAUCUGCCAUCAACCUCCCUCUAGCGAUCUCUAAAUGACUCAAUUUAUUUGUGUAAUUUGACGUCAUUUAAAUGAUUAAAAACUCUUUAAUCCUAUUUUAUGGUAAAAAUUUAAUACUUUGAGAUUGGAGAAACAAUGUAGCACACUCAUAUUUUAACCAAAAAAAGUUGAUCCUCACUACUUCUGUCCUUUCUUAAGUGGUAGGUGUCGCGUGUGGGGACAGCUGGUGGUCUGCCGCAAGCUUCAUGUUCUGGGCUAUACUAGGGUUAAUUCACACAGUUGACAUAUCGCCGGCGUGGUCUUCCUCUAGCCCUUAAACAAGAAUGCCUGCCACUUUAGGCUUGCCAUGCAGGCUGAUGGACAGGUAUUCUGACCUGAUCAGAUGACCAAAGCAAUUAAUAUGCUUCCCGGUUAUGUAUUGGCUGAUUGUAAUGGCACCAACAACUUGUCUUCUUUUCAUAUUUCUGAAUGUGGUCGUCGAAUGUGGUCGUUGAAUGUGGUUCUCGAAUGUAGUCCUCAAAUGUGGUCCUCGAAUGUGGUCAUCAAAUGUAGUCAUCGAAUGUGGUCCUCGAAUGUGGCCUUCGAAUGUGGUGGUCGAAUGUAAUCGUCAAAUGUGGUCCUUGAAUGUGGUCCUUGAAUGUGGUCCUUGAAUGUGGUCCUUGAAUGUGGUCCUUGAAUGUGGUCCUUCUCGUUGUAAAAGCCUCAUAAUUUUUUUUCUGGCAAGUUUUUAUUCAGAGCCCAUGUCUGACACUGGUGCGUAAGGUUUGAAAUAAAGUUUUGUUAAUUUGUCUGGUUUUGGUCUUCAUCUUAAUUCAUGGAUGUCUUAGCAACGGUAGUUCCUCAUUUCUCACAAUGCUCAAAACAGAGAUUACAUGGCACUAUCACCUUGGCUCAGCGACACGCUAAGGCUACUUUUCUUAAAACGCUUUUAUAAGUCUGUUUACAAACUUUUAAAGAUAAAAAGGACUCAUGGUCUCAAAUUUGAUUACGUCACUGUAAACAGAGGACGUUGUGGCCCAGACCCACCUGGGGGUCAUUGAUGUGCUGGCCGGCUUGACCUGCUACAGUUGCGAUGGUCGGGGUCAACUGUUCCCGGCAUGCCUUCGUGCUCCAGUGGUGUGUCAAUUUGGAGAGGUAAACGUGGUGGGGUAUGAAUUGGCGGUUGGGGUGGAGGGUUGGUGGUAAUUGUAAUUUAAUUGGGAUAUGCUUUUAAUAAAUGUGUUGUAAUGCGAGGUAAUUUAGCUUAAAGUUUGAUGAAUGUGACCAUAGAUUAGAAUAAGAGACAGUGUGUCAAUGCCUGGGUUAUCCCCUUUCUUUUGGUAGUUAGCACUUUCUUACAGUCCAUCGUUAUUUUGAAUUGGGCGACACUGGUUGAGAAACACCGAGUUUAAUUAUUUGCUGCCCUCUAGGUGGACGGGUUUGUGUUUAAUUUAGGCGAUACUGGCUAAUGGGGCAACACUGGCUAGUUAGUACAUUAAUGGCUUUUGGGCAGCACUGGCUAAUUUAUACACUGGAUAGUACGCAGCACUUGUUAAUUAGUUAACACUGGCUAUUUGGCACCACUGGCUAAUUAGUCAACAUUGGCUAUUUGGCACCACUGGUUAAUUAGUCAACACCGACUAUUUGCAAUACUGGCUGAUUGGUGAACACUGGCUAUUUGCCAGGACUGGCUGUUUAGCCAACUUUAGCUAUUUGGCGCCACUGGCUAAUUAGUCAACAUUGGCUAUUGAGCAGCACUGGGUAAAGGAAUACAGAUUUUUUUUUCGUUUUCAGCAUCUUCUCCGUACUAAACAGAAAUGUUUUUGCAAAGAUUAUAAAUAAUUGGAGGAUCGUCAAUUAUUAUUUUCCUCCUCCUCCUCCUCCCCCCCCCCCAGGUGUGCUCUGUGAUUUACGGCAAUGCGAACCCUGUGAUUGGUUGCAAGAAAGUUGAGGUCUGUAACUCGGUCGAUAGCCGGUAUAUCAGUUAAUUUGAGUAUUCUUAACGAUUAGUAAGUUAUUCAGCAACUUUCCUAUUCUUAUUGUUUCUUCAUAUGUCCUGUCUGCUGAAGAAGGAAAUCGGUCUAAACUUUCUUCUCGUAAUGUCCUUGUCUUUCAUUUUCAAGCUUCCACACACACGAUUCCACGAUAUCAUUCACGCAGUUUCAAUGCAGUCUUUCAUUUAUUUUCGUAUUUUCGAUUAUCAAAGCGGGGUUUUUCAAAACAAUGUUACCUGUAACACCAAAGUUCAUUUAUGUUAUUCUAUAGCUGUACACACAAAUCAAACAAAAAGAAAAAAAAUCAACAAAUAUCAAUAGAUAUCAAGUCAUAGUUUUUUAAAAUAAAAUUGCACGGUUUGGCGUUAGAUUAAUUUUAUACAUUUUGGGGUAUUUUUUUUUCUUCUAAAUUUUGGAACCGCUCCCAUCUGCGUAUGAAUAUGUAGGAAUGUUCUAGAGAUGUGUCCCAUCCGAUGGGGAGCUGUACAGGAGGCGGGGUUGCCAUCACAGCCGACACGUGUGAGCUCUGCUGUCAUACAGCAACUUGCGUGAACAGCAUUACAGCCGGACUGGAGCUAGAGUUCGGUACGUAUGACUAAGUCUCGUAAUUUUGUGUCUCAAUUGAUUAUAUCGCAUUGACCCAUAUUCGCGGACCAUGCGUGGCCAUCUCGACAUCUAGUGCACGUCAAAAAUGCAGCUCAUUACAGUACAUACAGUACAUAUAACAACCACCAAAACCCCAGAGUAAAAUGUCUCAAGGAAAGACCUCGGCUUAGAUGGAUGGAUGGUGUGGAGAGGAUUCUACAGCAGCUUCGAGCCAAGCAUGGAAAAGAAAAGCACCAGUUAGGUCUUAGUGGAAGGAUGGGGGUGAGGCAGGCAAAAGCCCUAUUUGGGUUGUAUCCCUACAAGAAGGGAUCGAUAUAUAUACAUUGGGGAAUGUCUACACAUUUCAGGAAUUAAAAAAAAAAAAUGUAUUGUGACAUCAGACGAUUAAUACGUAAGUUAACAACUUGAAAAGCUAACCUGUCUUUUAAUAUAUAUAUAUAUANAGCGCGGUACAAAGUCAACAAAAAAACAUAUCUAUAAUUAACCACAUUUAAAACAAACGCAACACUACAUAUAAAUAUUUGAAUUAAACGUUUAUACGGUGUGUUUUUUUAAAAGAUUAAUACAAAUGGCCUUAGGCCUAGGCCUCUACAUUUAAUAGAACUGCUCAAGGGGGUAGUCAUAAGCUUAUAGCCAUUUAUUUGAAAGUCCAACUCCCUUUUUUGGAGGGUUAACAUUGACCAUGCUGCCAAAAUAACAUGACUGUGCAGGCAUAACUCUGCUUCCAAAUUACAAUCAACAGCCUUAAGAAAAAAAUGGAGGGGGGUGGGCGAGGGUAGUCGGGGGGGGGGGUGGGUCCGUCCCAUUUGACCCAUUUUUUACUCUAUAAAUAGAGGUUCAGAUCUUUCACCCAACUGAAGAGUUAUUCCCAUGAGGGGGGGAACCGACAAAAAUAUUUGUCUCCUUGAUGGACACCACCCCCCUCUGGUGACGCCACUGGGUCUUACCACUGAGCUUUACCCAGAUAAUAUAUGUUUUUAAAAAACGUCUACGUUGUAGUUUGAAAGGCUUGCUAAAAAAGAAAAAAAAGCCAAACUUGCCACGUAUUUGAUGUUCAGAUGUAAAGUGCGUACACGAUUUGUUACGCUUCGUCAGCCAACAGACCCACUCGUGCAUGACGCUUAUGGUAAAUGGACCCAUUUCAACAUUGUAACUCUCCAGCAACUUUAACUUUUGCCUUAGGCACGGCAUCGCCCCUCACAAAUGCAUUGACUCAAACAACUACGGCGGCUUCCCACGUGAUUACAACAACAACUGCCACGUCGAGUAACCAGUCCAUGGCGACCACAACAAGGCAACUUCCAACACAACACGUCGGUAUGUAGGUGAAAAGGAGAAUAUAUAUUUUAAUUAAGGAUUUAUCGUGACCGACCCUUUAAAUGCAGGUAUUCAACAUCGGAAUGACGACGAAAAAAAUCUGACUCACUUUAAAACAGGCCCAAGGGUUUCUGGAAUAUAACUCCUACUUUUUAUCUUAAAUCUUUCCAACAUUUUCUACUAAUAACUUAUUAAAAUGGGUGUAUAUUUUCUAAUAACGUUUCUUGAAAUAUUGAAUAAGUACUUUAUUUUUUUUAAUUAGUCAACAUAUCCAGGAAAUGAUGGGUUAAGUUUAAAUUUUAUUGUUUUUUUCUACAAGCACAGUGGUUUGGGAGUAAUAAGUUUUUUAAAUAUACAAACAUAGUGGUUUGAGCGUUAUAUUUUAUUGGCUUUUAUCUGCAAACACGUUGAUUUGAGUUUAAUAUUUUAUUGGCUAUUAUGUUGUACGAUUGAUUUUGAAACAACUUUUUCAAACAGGUGAUCAAGUAUCUAUUCCACCGAUGGGGACCAUUAACUGCACUGUCUGCUAUGGCGGCAAUUGCCAAUCUAGACCAUUCACUACAACGUGCGAGUCAGGCUUCUGUGUCAAGACUUUACAGAGUUAUGAUGACGGACAGAUUUUGAUAACUAAAGGGUGAGUAACAGACACCAGAUAGGGUCAAACAGUCCCGGCUUUAGACACAUGUGUUAUAGGCAUCUGUCUGGCUGUACGCAUAGGUUAAGAAGGCAUCUGUCUGGCUGUACGCAUAAGUUAAGAAGGCGACUGUCUGACUGUACGCAUAGGUUAAGAAGGCAUCUGUCUGGCUGUACGCAUAGGUUAAGAAGGCAUCUGUCUGGCUUUACGCAUAGGUUAAGAAGGCAUCUGUCUGGCUGUACGCAUAGGUUAAGAAGGCAUCUGUCUGGCUGUACCCAUAGGUUAAGAAGGCGUCUGUCUGGCUGUACGUAUAGGUUAAGAAGGCAUCUGUCUGACUGUACCCAUAGGUUAAGAAGGCAUCUGUCUGGCUGUACGCAUAGGUUAAGAAGGCAUCUGUCUGGCUGUACCCAUAGGUUAAAAAGGCGACUGUCCGGCUGUACGAAUAGGUUAAGAAAGUGUCUGUCUGGCUGUACGCAUAAGUUAAGAAGGCAUCUGUAUGGCUGUACGCAUAUGUUAAGAAAGGGCCACGAAAGAAAUUACGGCAAGGACAUGGACCAAAAUAGCAAACUAUUUUAAUAUGGAAUUACGAAUGAUCUGAAUGAAAUGACCCACUGUAAAGUGUAUUUUGUUAAUCAGAGUUUGGACACGCCAAUCGAUUCGGAUAAUGAUCUAUUUUUAAAGUCAUCACAUCACAGUGAAAUUUUUUUAGGAAUUCUUUUCCGUGACAUUAAUAUGAAUAUAAAACAAACAUUAAUGCAACAUAACCGGGUAAUCAAUUUUUUGGUACAUAGACAAGAAAAGAUAGAAAACUCAGCCCCAUAUGUAUUUUAGCAUAUCUAUGUCAAGUGGGCUGCAUGCCCCUUUUCUUUCCAAGUGUAAGUUGUGGCUCUGCGACUUUUAACAAGACUCACACUAACAUUGGCAAACAUCCUUUCGAAAGUAAAAGAUAUACCGUCUCAAUACCGUUUAGAUCCGUGGAAAAAAAAACGAUUGCAGAAAAAUGUAAUAUGACAGAAAUAUUUAAGGACUGUGCUUCUGCAACAGCAAGAAACUUAUAUUUCUUCUUGAAACAAACUGUUUAAUUAAUACACUUUUAAAUUACAUUACUUUGUGUCUCGCCAGCUUAAUUGUGUUUAAGUAGUUUACGAAAGCAAAAAAUCCCCGUUUAUAUUGAAACCAGCCGUGUAAGACAGCCAGUCUUCACUCUAUAACCCACUUCGUGGCUAUUGAAGAAUUUGAGUUGAAAUAAAGAUAGGCUAGGGCAAUUCUACAUUAUUAUCACACCUCUUCACCGCUCGGAUUCAUGCUCCAACUUUAAUAGAAAAUACACUUGUUCAACAUCAACUAAUCCAGUGGUUCUCAACCUUUCUAAAGCCGCGACCCUUUAAUGCAUUUCCUCAUGUUGUGGCAACCCUCCAACGAAAAUAAUACUUUAUAAUUGUGGAGUAUAUUUGUUUUUGGAUGGUCUUAAGCGACCCUGUGAAAGGGUCUUGCGACCCCCAAAGGGGUCGCGACCCACAGGUUGAGAACAGCUGAACUAAUCCAACAAUAUGUCAAUAUUUUAUUAGACAACUUCCAAAUAGUAUUUUUAAAAUAAUAAGCUUGAUCAAAAUUUUUGCAAGAACACUAUGAGUCUAAAAAAAAAAAAUCCUAAUAUUUUAAAAUCAGUUUCAAAACAAAUGAGAUGUAUUUUAUGUUUGAGUGAAUGAGGUGGAUGCAUAAGUAUGGACACAUGUUGGUGUGUGUGUUUGAUACGCGCUGGUGUCUUUAACGUGACACAUACGUUCACUCGUCAUCAGGUGUGGCAGCCUGGAGAUCUGCCGGACUGGUUGGUGGCUAGAAACAAGAACCAACCCGUCAUGCAUGAGUCAGCUGAAGAGCACGGUCAACCCGACCCAGCCGAUGUCUUGCUAUUUUUGCUGCGCCUCAGGACACAACUGCAACGACCGCCUGGUCGAUGCGGGAAGUCUUUACCACUUCCAAUGACUCGGCGAAAUGAUCCAAUAAAUAGACAGCUGCGUUGUUGUUGAUAUUA